UUCGUUAUAAACGCGCGGAGGGCGCCGCGCCGCUCAGUGCCGCUCUCACUGUCUUGGACUCAACGUGGCCCACCAUGUGGAGAAAGGCAUUUCACGCAGCGUUAUGCUGCUGGCUGACGUUAAGUGGGAUACACGAAGCAACAGGGAAGACUGUGAACAAUUUGGUAGUUAAAGAUACAGUUAGUGCAGAAAGUGCGCCGCGACUCUAUCGGAACGUUCCCCUCGGAGUGUACGCGAGUGCCGCGCCCUACGCCGCCUACUCGUUCCACCUGCCCGCCUUCAUCGCCGCGCCCAAGGCCGCCGCGUCCCGGGUCGUCCCGGUCAAGGAACAGCUGGUACUGCACAAUGUGAACGGUUAUCUACGGGACUCGUACGGCAACAAGUACGUGGACACGCCCCAAACGGCCGCGUACAAAACUGCUUUCCCGCAGCAGUUCCUCCCGCUACAAGAGCUGCCCGCACACCUGUCUCAGCCUCUGCUCGCGGCACCGCAAAGUAAGCAGACAGCACCGCAUUACUUCGUUGGAUCGCCGUAUCGCUUCCAAGUGGCAAAUAAUGCUCCAACGAGCAGUUUUGGAGGCUACUCUCAACCUUUUGCGUUUGCCCAAAACUUUGGAAGCUUAGCUCCGUCGCAAGCUCACACACACGCGCAUGCUGCUCCAUCUCAUACGCAAGCGCUCACAGCCCAGCAGCAACCUAGUAGCAACAGUGCAGUCUAUGCUAAUUCACAGACAGCUCAACAGCAUCAAGUCAAUCAAUACAAAAAUCCCCAAAACGAAGUGAAAUUCCAGCGUUUGGAGCACCAUCUUGAAGGAAACCACGCUGAAACCGCGCACAGUGCUGAAAAUUCUCAAGAAAAUAAAGCGCAAAUUCAAGCCGCACCAGCCAAGACUUCUGUGACAGCCAUAGUAAAUGGAAAGAAGACGGUCAUUUCUUUGGACACGAAACCUCCAGUGCCUUUGUUGGAUCUCAGCCUGCUUGAGCCGUUGACUUUUGCCAACCCCCUGGUUCCACAAGUUCAACAUUUUUUACCCAGAAUAAAUGAAGCCACUUAUCAUAAGCUUCCGGAAUUCAAUGUCAAUGAAGCAAAACAACACAAGAAGGAUAUUGUUGUACAAAAAACGAAGUCCUAUGAUAGUGGCAAAAGCAAACACCGCAAUGAUGGACCAAAAAAGAAAACAAAGCAGCCCUCGUCGCACAGUGACAACCACCACAAAUCGCAUCCGGUCAAUCCGACCAUAACCGUUAAAGGUACACCAAAUAAGAGCCCUGAAUUUUCUUACGAGAUUAAGUCACCUAACUAUAAAGAAACUUACAAAGAGGAAAACAUCAGCUACAACAAGGCUACUGCAUCGGAUCCUGUGAACUAUAGCUAUGAUAAGAAAACACAAUCUGAACCUAUUAGUUAUAGUUACCAGAAAACUGAACAGAAAGAACCAGUUCAUUAUAACUUCGUUCAUACAUCGAAAGAGCCAGUCCAGAUUAAACAAGUAAAUUAUCAGGUUACUAGUCAAGGGCCUAAACAACUCAUAUACACAUUCAAGCCUGAGGAGCAAAACAGAGAACACAACCAUGCUGAGUCUGAUGAUGGAGGUUCGUCUGAAGAUGGGGGCUCGGCGGAGGAAUCGGACAAUGAUGCUCCUCCUCCCUCUAAUCCUCAAAAUAGCCACAAUAAUCAACCACAUCAUUCAGAACCUUCGAAGCCAACACCUUAUCCUCAAAAUAACUUCAAUAAUCAACCGCAUUACAACGAACCUUCGCGACCGACAUACAACUUUGUACCUCUUGGUCCAGAAAGUCAAUUCCGACCUCAAGGGCAUGUAGUAUACUAUAGCCCGAAUCAAGCCGUACGACAGCAUAAGUCAAACGAUAUAAUUACUCACAGGUCAAAUGGUAAUAUCCAACUGGUUCCAAAUGAAGAAGUCCGUUACGAAGAGCAUCAAGAGGCCCCUCAACGAAACUCGCAACACGCGAAGGGUCCUGCUCAGCACACAGAGGCAGAGUAUCAUCCUACGCCAGAAUACGAGGAAGAUAUAAAGAUUGUGCCUUCUGAAGCGCCCAGUGAUGAGUUUUUAAAACAGAUAGAGUCUUACAAUAAGCCUCCGCCUCCGUUAACAUCGCUGGAACAAUAUCAAAAGUUUGUGGAACAACAAACUCGGGCACAGCCCACACAGCCUCCGCAACAGUACAGCUCUGCCGCGCCCGUCGUACUCGAAAAGGCCAAACGAAUCAUUAUUCAGGAGGAAAGCCCUGAGGAAAUGCAUUCACACCACGAACAAAUUAAGGCUGAAAUGGUCGACCAUGAAGAUAACAACGAAGAAGAUUUUGAAAAGGCUUACAAAAAUGCCGCAUUCGGUUUCGAUGCAUUUGAGAAGAAAGCCGCAGAUAUCGAGAAAGAUAUCUACAGUCCGAGCAGUUACGGCUUUUCCCCGUCCUCCGAUCAAGGUGAUUUUGAGGUAGAAAAAACCCCUUUUCAAGAAUAUCAAGCGGAGGGCGACAGCUUCCCGAAGAGCUCGCGCGCGAACUACAAAGACGCCCGAGACAGUACUAAGGAAGAUUACUACUUAGAUUAUUCGGUUAACAGACCGGAGAGUCUGGCCGAUCGCUAUCAAAACAAGGCCAACUACUACAAGUUGUACCAAAGCCAGAAGCCUGAAAAGUAUUUCGCCGGCGACCAAGAUAAGAAGAAGAAGAAAUCUGAGAAGUAUACAGUGGCUCCGUCAUUUGAUUUCGCGCCAGAGAAGAAGCAGAAUUAUUUCGCGCAGUACAAAGCGGAGCCGAUCAAAUAUGAGUACAAUUUCGGGAAAGAAGCCCCGCGCGAUAGUUCCGCGCACGCCUCUCGUCCUUACCAAAGAUUAAAGAGUAAAACCCAUUUCGUGGAGCCACAGUUCCAAUACGGGUUCGAGCCGAUAGGGCUGCCGCGCCUGCUCGACAGCGAGCUAGCGGCCAUGGCGAGCAACGACAGUCCCGAGAGUGAAAAGCCGGGAAUGAGGAAAAAAAUCUACAAAGAGAACUGGUACAUCAAGAAAACGAGCACAUCGGGCGGCAAACCAAGCUGAUAGAUAAAUUA